AUGGAUAAGUAUGAAAAAAUCAAAAAAAUUGGUGAAGGUUCUUAUGGUCAAGUUUUUAAAUGUCGCAAUAAAGAUACAGGUGAAACAGUAGCCAUUAAAAAAUUUAUUGAAUCUGACGAUGAUCCAGCAAUAAAACGUAUUGCUAUGCGAGAAAUUCGAAUGUUAAAACAUUUGAAACAUGAAAACCUGGUGAAUCUCAUUGAAGUAUUUAAAACAAAACGAAAACAUAAACUUCAUUUGGUAUUUGAAUAUUGUGAUAGAACGGUACUUGAUGAACUUGAAUCACAUCGAAAUGGCGUACCGGAAGCGAUGAUAAAAAAAAUUACAUAUCAAGUAUUGAAUGCCGUAGAGUUUUGUCAUCGACAUAAUUGUAUUCAUCGUGUUAAAUUAUGUGAUUUUGGAUUUGCACGAUUGAUGACUCAACAACUUGAAAUGACUGAUUAUGUUGCUACAAGAUGGUAUCGUGCACCGGAAUUAUUGGUUGGAGAUCGACAAUAUGGUACAGCUGUUGAUGUUUGGGCCAUUGGAUGUGUCUUUUGUGAAUUGUAUUCGGGAGUGCCAUUAUGGCCGGGUAAAUCGGAUGUUGAUCAACUUUAUCUAAUUCGUAAAACUCUUGGUAAUCUUAUCGAUAAGCAUGUAGCUAUUUUAAAAAGUAAUCCUCAUUAUAAAAAUGUACACAUUCCUGAACCAGAUACAAUUGAACCAUUAGAACAAAAAUUUCCCUAUGUAUCUGAACGAAGUCUUGAUUUUAUGAAAAGUUGUUUGGUAAUGGAUCCUGAAAAACGUUUAACAUGUGGUCAACUAUCACAACAUCCAUAUUUUGAUGGUUUUACUAAUGAAUUUGAACGUGAAAGAAAAGAACAACAAAAACAUUUACAUCGUGAACAACAAAAACUAUUACAACAACAAGCAAAAAUUCAAAAUAAUGUUUAUGCUACUGGUACAAAACAACCAAAUCAAGGAAAAACUCUACCAAGUUUGACGGGCAUAACAGGAGCACAAUAUUCUAAUGUUCAUUCAACAUCAAAUAAUCCCGGAGACUAUUUAAGACCAAGUCGACUUGAAAUUUAUCUUGAUCCUGAUCAACGUAUAAAUGUCAAUAAAACACGUUUUGGAAAUGCUCAACAUCCAAGUGUACCAACAACAAGCGUUAUUAAUGAUCCAGAUUUAUCAAUAAAACCAUCACCACAAACAAAACGUUUAGCAUAUGGAGAAAAUUAUACUCAUUUGCCAAAUAUUUAA